AUGGCAUCCUCGCUGCUCUCCUCCCCCGCUAAACCCUUCUGCUCCACCCCCGCCCCAAAAGCCACCCGCUUGCCAUCCCCAGUCCUCUCCUCCGGCCAUGUCCUCUCCGCCGCCCGCUGCCUCCGCCUCCGCGCGGUCUCCGCCCGAGCGUCGCAGCAGCAGCCUCCUCCGCCGCCGCGGGGGCAGCGGCGGCCGGAGUACGUCCCGAACCGCAUCGACGACCCAAACUACGUGCGCAUCUUCGACACCACGCUGCGCGACGGGGAGCAGUCGCCGGGCGCCACGAUGACGAGCGCGCAGAAGCUCGUCGUCGCGCGCCAGCUGGCCCGCCUCGGCGUCGACAUCAUCGAGGCCGGCUUCCCGGCCUCCUCCCCCGACGACCUCGACGCCGUGCGCUCCAUCGCCAUCGAGGUCGGCAACCCCGCCGCACCCGGCCCCGCCGGGGAGGACGCCGCCGACGCAGUCCCACACGUGCCGGUCAUCUGCGGCCUCUCGCGGUGCAACCGGAAGGACAUCGACGCGGCGUGGGAGGCCGUGCGCCACGCGCGACGGCCCCGGAUCCACACCUUCAUCGCCACCAGCGACAUUCACAUGCAGCAUAAGCUCAGGAAGACGCCCGAGCAGGUGGUGGCCAUUGCCAGGGAGAUGGUGGCGUACGCCCGCAGCCUCGGAUGCACUGACGUCGAGUUCAGCCCCGAGGACGCCGGCAGGUCAAAUAGAGAGUUCUUGUAUCAUAUUCUAGGGGAAGUCAUAAAAUCUGGAGCUACGACUCUCAAUAUCCCGGACACCGUCGGAUACAAUCUUCCUUACGAAUUUGGGAAGUUAAUUGCUGAUAUAAAGGCAAACACUCCUGGAAUUGAAAACGCUAUCAUUUCCACUCAUUGCCAGAAUGACCUUGGUCUUGCGACUGCAAACACAUUAGCGGGUGCUCGUGCAGGAGCACGGCAAUUAGAGGUUACUAUUAAUGGUAUUGGUGAAAGAGCUGGAAAUGCUUCUUUGGAGGAGGUUGUCAUGGCAAUUAAAUGCCGCAGAGAACUGUUAAAUGGUCUCUAUACUGGAAUCGAUUCUCGGCAUAUCACUUUGACGAGCAAAAUGGUACAAGAGCAUAGUGGACUGAUCGUACAACCACAUAAAGCUAUUGUUGGUGCCAAUGCAUUUGCUCAUGAAAGUGGAAUUCAUCAGGAUGGCAUGCUUAAAAAUAAAGGAACUUAUGAAAUUAUAUCGCCUGAUGAUAUUGGUUUAACACGUGCAAAUGAAUUUGGUAUUGUUCUUGGGAAACUCAGUGGAAGGCAUGCUGUGAGAUCUAAGCUAGUGGAGCUUGGAUAUGAAAUCGGUGACAAGGAAUUUGAGGACUUCUUUAAACGCUACAAAGAGGUUGCAGAGAAGAAAAAGCGUGUAACUGAUGAAGACUUAGAAGCGUUAUUGUCAGAUGAGAUAUUCCAGCCUAAGGUUAUUUGGUCCCUUGCUGAUGUACAGGCAACAUGUGGUACACUUAGUUUAUCUACGGCAACAGUGAAAUUGAUAGGACCUGAUGGAGAGGAGAAAAUAGCAUGUUCAGUCGGAACAGGUCCAGUCGAUGCAGCUUACAAGGCUGUUGACCAAAUAAUCCAGAUUCCAACCGUUCUCCGAGAAUAUAGUAUGACAUCAGUCACAGAAGGCAUUGACGCAAUUGCAACAACUCGAGUCGUUGUCACUGGAGAUGUGAGCAUCAAUGCCAAACAUGCCCUGACUGGCCACUCUUUCAAUCGCUCCUUCAGUGGGAGCGGGGCAUCCAUGGACAUUGUGGUGUCCAGCGUCAGAGCUUACCUGAGUGCCCUGAACAAGAUUUGUAGUUUUGCUGGCGCUGUGAAAGCCAGCAGCGAGGUACCUGAGACCGCAAGCGUUCCGAGCACAGAAUGA